CACUUGGUUGUUAUGAAGACUUCUAUCCGAGCCGUAUGCUGAAAUCUCCAGCCCACAACCCUGUCCCUAACGGGAGAAGGCAGUGCCGUGUGUCAUGCACUAAACAAGACAAGUACAAGUUCUUUGGACUAGAGGCAGGAUUUGAGUGCUUUUGUGGAAAUGAGAUGAACAAAAUCUACAAGUUACGACCCAGGAGGGAGUGCAAUAUGACAUGUGUGGGCAACGUUCAGGAGACCUGUGGGGGUCUGUGGAGGAUUGAGAUGUUUUCUCUACAGUAGAGUAAGCAUAUGACGAGGCGCCUGGAACAGACAAGGCUUCAUCGUUAUACCGCAAUCGUUACAUUAUACAUGUAUAUGCACAGUACAACACGCUUAUAAUGAACACGCUUUUAACAAAUGCAUGUGUAAUGCGAAGUGAUAUUAAUUCUCCUAUGAGAGGAGAGAGAGAGAGAGAGAGAGAGAGA